GGGGACGUGUUUCUCAUGCUGUCCGCACGCCUAACCUGCGGGUUGCUGCACUCGUUAUUGCGGGCAUCCGCUUCUGCGGUAGCGGGCCGUGGCCUUCGGGAGCCGCUGCUCGAGAGAGGAUGCGCGGCCGCCUCCUCUUUCCAGCACCCUUCGGGCGUGGGACAUGGGCUUUCUUAUGGCCCGAUGGCAACUGGGGGCUACGGAGGAAGAGAUGACAUGGAGGAGCGUUUUCUGUUCCCUGAGUACGUCGCAGAGCAGGAGCCUGAGCGGACCCCCGAAGAGCAGCUGGAGCAGCUGCAGCAGCGGCAAGAGGAGGAGGAGCGACAGAAGCAGCAGCUGCGGGAGGAGCGACGCCAGCAGAAGCUACGGGCCAGCCGCCGGGUGCACCCGGACGUGGGGCACCCAGACCCGGCGGUGCCGCCCAGCGGCGUGAACUGCUCAGGCUGCGGGGCGGAGCUGCACUGCCAGGAUCCCGGCGUGCCUGGCUACCUGCCCAGCGAGAAGUUUCUCAGCGCCGCGGCGCAGGUCGACGGGGGGUUAGCGCGGACGGUGUGCCAGCGCUGCUGGUUGCUGGUGCACCACCGCCGCGCCCUGCGCCUGCAGGUGAGCCGCGAGCAGUAUCUGGAGCUGGUGAGCGCCGCGCUGCGGCGACCGGGGCCCGCCCUGGUGCUCUACAUGGUGGACUUGCUCGACCUGCCCGAUCCCCUGCUGCCCGACCUGCCGGCACUGGUGGGCCCCAAACAACUGAUCGUGCUGGGGAACAAGGUGGACCUGCUGCCCCAGGACGCUCCCGGCUACCGGCGGCGGCUCCGGGAGCGGCUGUGGAACGAUUGUGCCCGCGCCGGGCUCCUGCCGCCUCCUAGCUACCGAGGGCCACAGCACCCCGGCGGAGACGGGCCUGGGGACGGGAAGGAGAAUCCGAAUCCGUCCGCCGAGCUCCGCACGGUGCUUAGGGACGUGCGCCUGGUAAGCGCCAAGACCGGCUACGGGGUCGAAGAGUUGAUCUCCGCGCUUCAGCGCUCCUGGCGCUACCGCGGCGACGUCUACCUGGUGGGCGCCACGAACGCCGGCAAGUCCACUCUCUUCAACACACUGCUGGAAUCCGACUACUGUAUCGCCAAGGGCGCCGAGGCCAUCGACAGGGCCACCAUCUCCCCCUGGCCAGGUACUACAUUAAACCUUCUGAAGUUUCCUAUUUGCAAUCCAACUCCUUAUAGAAUGUUUCAAAGGCAAAAGAGGCUUAAAAAAGAUGCAACAAAAGCUGAAGAAGAUCUUACCGAGCAAGAACAAAAUCAACUUAAUCUCUUGAAAAAGCAUGCUUAUGUAGUAGGAAGAGUGGGAAGAACAUUCCUGUAUUCAAAAGAACAGAAAGAUGAAGCUACCUUUGAGUUUGAUGCUGAUUCACUUGCCUUUGACAUGGAAAAUGAACCUGUUGUUGUAGACAAAUCCACCAAACGAGUAGAACUGACCCCACAAGAUGUGAAAGAUGCCCACUGGUUUUAUGACACUCCUGGAAUUACAAAAGAGAACUGUAUUUUAAAUCUUCUAACAGAAAAAGAAGUAAAUGUUGUUUUGCCAACACAUUCCAUUGUUCCAAGAACUUUUAUGCUUAAACCAGGAAUGGUUCUAUUUUUGGGUGCUAUAGGCCGCAUAGAUUUCCUGCAGGGAAGUCAUUCAGCUUGGUUUACAGUUGUGGCUUCCAACUUCCUUCCUGUGCACACUACUUCCUUGGACAGGGCAGAUGCUGUGUAUCAGAAGCAUGCAGGUCAUACCUUACUGAAGGUACCAAUGGGUGGAGAAGAGCGAAUGGCAGAAUUUCCUCCUCUUGUUGCUGAAGACAUUACAUUAGAGGAAGGACUUGGGGAAUCUGAAGCAGUGGCUGACAUCAAGUUUUCCUCCGCAGGUUGGGUCACAGUAACACCUCGGUUUAAAGACAGAUUGCAUCUCCGAGGCUAUACACCUCAAGGAACAGUUCUGACGGUCCGGCCCCCUCUCUUGCCAUAUGUUGUCAACAUCAAAGGAAAGCGCAUCAAGAAAAGUGUGGCCUAUAAAACCAAAAGGCCUCCUUCCCUUGUGUACCAUCUGCAGAAGAAAAAGCAUUUAAAUGUAUGAGGCUGACCUUGUUCACAAUGAAUAUUUACUGAACAUAACUAUGUACAUUGAAUUAUAUUAAAUACAACUAUAAUAAAACUCCCCUCCUCCCAACCAUUUUUAGAGAUCUUAACAGAUGGCCUUUUUAAACUACUUGGACUGUGUCUGUUUGUAAUGUAAUGAGCUUGUAAAUACAUGUUAGUUUUUGUAAGGUAUGUAUGUAUCUGUGACCCAAAUAUACCAUAAAAAGGAGUUCUGCUAAAAGGACAAAUAUUGUAUAAGACCACUAUUAUAAGAACUCAGGAAAAGGUUUAAACACAGAAGAAAACAUUCUUUGAUGGUUACAAGU